ACCAACUAGUGGGGCUGCCUGCGUCAAUAAAAGGCGGCAGCAGGCAGCAAACUGACAUUUGGUGCUUGGAGGAUUAUCGCUGCAAGAGGCGCUUCUCUUCAAAGUUCAGUAAAAUGCCAGGAUUAUUUUUUUCCCAUAACAACAUGACUGAAUUAAAUGGAAAGGAGGACUGCAAGCUCACAGAAGGCAAAAUCCGUAAAAAGAAGCAAAAGGCUUUUGGUGCAGAUCUCAAGAACUAUUUGAAGUGCAUGGUACCACAUCUCGAAUCUGGAAUGAAGUCUUCUAACUCUAGGAAUGUCAUGCUUUCUGCAGAGGAAGUAAUACAGUGGUCCCAGUCUUUGGAAAAGCUCCUGGCCAGCCAAAGUGGUCAAGGUGUCUUUCGGGAGUUCCUGAAGUCAGAGUUCAGUGAGGAGAACAUUGAGUUCUGGCUGGCCUGUGAAGAUUACAAGAAAACCAAGGCUGAUCACUUACAUGGCAAAGCAGAGAGGAUUUAUGAGGAGUUUGUUCAGUCAGAUGCUAUUAAACAGAUCAAUAUUGACCAUCAGAUGAGGGAAGCAACAGCCAAAAGGGCUCAAGACCCAACUCACACAAGUUUUGAUGAAGCCCAGAGAACUGUCUACAUCCUCAUGGAAAGGGAUUCAUAUCCCAGAUUCUUGAAAUCCAAAACCUACCUGAACCUUCUGAAUCAGCUGCAGACCAACAACUCAAAAUAAUGUAUUUGAGAUAAGAAAGAGUCAAGUAGACUCUGUGUCAAAUAUUCUGUGAGCACAUUCUUCAGGGCGGUUGGAUCUCAGCAAAGAGAACGCCUGCCUUGGGACGUGGUAGGAGAGGGAUGCAAACAGCUCUGUGGGCAAGAAGAUGCAGGACGAGAGCUAACAAGUCUGUUACAAGCAUGAAGGCAACAUGUGGUGAAAAUCCUCUCCUUACUUACAACAUGGAAUUGAGACAGGAUAUGGAUGCUAUUUAUCACUUGAACUCUACUGUGAAUGCUGAACCAAGGGUUAGAAACCCAAAGAACUGCUGAUGGGAAAAGAUUAUAAAGGUUCAGAAGAAGAAUAAGGAUGACUGACAAUUUUGUAUGUAACAAGACAAGGCUCAGAUGAGACUUUGCAAUGGCUUUUUGAAAUCUGUGAAGUGUUAAUAAGCGUUAGCUCCAUGAUAAUACUGUGUGAUGUAAAUAUAUUAGGUAUUGACUCAUCUUAAAAUUGAUAUAUUCUAAGUUAUAUAAGCUGUACUUUUAUUAUGUUUGUGCUCAACAAACACAUGUAGCACCUUUUCUGUACAUUUUCUGUUUAAUUUAUUGCAAACUUUUCAAUUAAAUCUACUGAAAAAAUAUAGAAGUU